UCUAUACUCUGGCAAACAAACAGCUGAGCGAAAAAAUAGCCAAACAAUACAAUGUAAUUAAUAGUAUUGAAAAAAAAAAUUGCAAAAUAAAAGAAAUACUUAAUAUUAUCUCAGCUGAAGGCGAAAACAUAUUUUACACAUGUCUACGGAGAGUCUGUCUUGGUUGCGAUUGAAAGAAAACGAUAAAACUGGGGCUCUGUUCAAAACUCCACCCUUGCCAGUCACAAAAAGUGUUGUACGAGACCAAAGCAACAAAAUGGAGCAACUGUCCGGUGUUAUGAUCAUUAUUAUCAUAGGUGGUGGAGUAUUGACCUUUGUAAUGCUUUUCAUAUUUGCCAAACGCCAAAUAAUGCGUUUCACCUUAAGGAGCAGAAGAGGUCCCCAUGUGCCAGUGGGAAAUGAUGCAAAGAAGGCCUUAAGGCGGGAAAUUGAACGUCGUUUGGACUGUAUUCAGAAAAUUGCUCAAGAACCAAAACUAUUAUGGAACGAUGACAAAUAUAUACUGCAGUGUGACAAACCCUUGCCCACAUAUUAUUAUCGUAUGCAGGCAGUGGACGAUGUGAAGAUAUUAGAACGUGAAAUUGCUGAAUGUGAUGGUGCAACACGUCAUGCAUAUGAUAAUCUGAGGGCAUUUCUAUUGACCACACUGUCAUCCUGCCUCAAUGGUAGUGGACAACGCAUGAUUCAUCAGUUUUGCGAUAUGUAUGAACGUGCUCGGCACGAUCCUAAUGAAUUCGGCAGAGAAGAAUAUAAAGAAUAUCACAGAAUUUUGCUGAAACUUAUCGAAGCAGCCAAACAGCUGAAGGAAUUCCAUAGUUCUCGUAGAAGUUCUCCCGCCCGCACACCUAAGAAAUCGAAUAAAAUUCCUUCACUACUUGAUCCGUCGCGUUUAAAACCUCCACCUGUUUCGGCUACUCGCACCGUAGGCGGCAACUUAGCCUCCGGGCCUUGUGAGCUAACUGGACAUCAUUCCAAAGUAAAUUUGACACUUGGCUUACAGGGCCGAGACAUGGAUGAGUGUGAAAUUGUAACAAAUCCCUUGCAUUUGGAGACACCAGCCGAACGUGAUAUUAUAAUACGCAAUCGUAUAAAAACACCGAAUUUAGAUGAUAUUGUUAACGACGAUGCCGAAGAAGAUGACGAGACAAAUGAGGGAGGCGACGAUGAGAUUAUGAGCAUUUCAUCCGUCAAAUUGAAUAGCAACAAUGUAUGAUUAAUAGUUUUCAUGUAAGAUACGAACCAAAGUUCUAUUAGAGUGUAGAAAAUGAACCAGGUCUAUAAUCAGAAUAAAUAAAAACAAACAUUCCUGGUUGCAAAAAUAUGCCCAAAAAGAAA